AUGAAGUUUGGUAAAGAAUUGUCGUCACAAAUGGUACAAGAGUGGCAACAAGCUUACGUAAACUACGAUUAUCUCAAAACCCUUCUCAAAGAAAUCAUCAAACUCAAAGAAAAAACCAACCCUCCUCCACCUCCACAUCAUGCCGUCCCCGGUGAAGGAAUUAGUCGGAAAAUGACUCUAUACCGAGCAUUUAGCGGUCUUGUCCAAACGCCGGGAAAGAAAAGACAAAGCUCUCGUCAAUCCAACUAUUCUUCGGAAAUAGACAUAGAAGAAGGUAAAGCUCCAAUACUUGUUAGCAAAUCGACUCAUGGAUUAGAGACAACAUUUCUAAUGACGGCAGAGGAAGGAGGAGAGUAUGAAUUGGUAUUUUUCCGGCGACUCGACGAUGAGUUUAAUAGAGUUGAAAAAUUCUAUAAAGAGAAAGUUGAAGAAGUAAUGAAGGAUGCAAUUAUGCUUAAUAAGCAAAUGGAUGCUCUUAUUGCGUUUAGGGUUAAGGUGGAGAAUCCUGUUGGGUGGGGAUGGGAGGAACGGACGGUGGAGAUGACUCGUUUGGCCUCCGAUAUCGCGACUUCGACUGCGGCUAUCGCUGCUUCUACACCCGCCAGAACCCGAACCAUGAAUCCUCGAGCUCAAGCUCACAUGGAGGCAAUUCAAGAAGGAAGCUUCAGCAGAGAAAACGAAGACGAAGAUCACGGCUCCGUCCGCGGAGCAACCGGCGACGUGAAAACGAGCAGCUUGAACACGAUGAGAGGUGCGAGGCCAGCACCAAUCGAAGUUCUAGAUCACAUUAAGAUCAACAACACUAAAGCAACACCUAGAUCCACCAUUAAAGGCGUUCUCAAUUCCUCAAGCCAAAACGAGAUCAUAUUCAAUAGACAGAAUCUAAACGAAGUCGAAGAGAAACUCAAAUUCGCCUUCGUCGAGUUUUACCAGAAGCUUCGUCUCCUCAAAAGCUACAGUUUUUUGAACGUGUUGGCGUUUUCGAAGAUAUUGAAGAAGUAUGAUAAGAUAACUUCGAGAAAUGCUUCAAAGUCUUACAUGAAAAUGGUUGAUAAUUCGUACCUUGGAAGCUCUGAUGAGCUUAUGAAACUCAUACAACGUGUUGAAUCCACAUUCAUAAAGCAUUUUGCGAAUGGUCAUAGAAGAAAGGGAAUGAACAUUUUACGACCUCAGAUGAAAAGAGAGAAACACCGAGUUACAUUCUCCACCGGGUUCUCUGCUGGUUGUAUAUUUUCUCUUAUCGUGGCUCUUGUUGCCAUCAUACGCACCCGGAAAACCAUGCCGGAGGCAGAGCAUAAUACUUACAUGAAUACUAUGUUCCCUCUCUAUAGCUUGUUCGGGUUCAUCGUGCUUCACAUAACUAUGUAUGCUAUUGAUAUAUACUAUUGGAAGCGUUAUCGAGUAAAUUAUGCCUUCAUAUUUGGGUGCAAGCAAGGAACUGAACUUGGUUACAGACAAGUUCUAUUUCUUGGAUUCACCAUUGGAACGUUUGCGUUGCUUUGUGUUCUUGGAAAUCUUGAUAUGGAAGUAAACCCCAAAACCAAAAAUUUCAAACCAUUAACCGAACUUCUUCCUCUUUUCCUUCUUGUUGCUCUGUUUGUAGUUUUAAUCAUGCCAUUCCAUUUUCUCUACCGCUCAACUCGGUUCUUCUUCCUCACAUGUCUGUUACACUGUCUUGCUGCUCCUCUUUACAAGGUAACGUUACCCGAUUUCUUCUUAGGAGAUCAAUUAACUAGCCAAGUACAAGCUCUUCGAAGCAUCAACUUCUACAUAUGCUACUAUGGUUGGGGAGACUUCAAAAAAAGACAAAACACCUGCGAAGCCUCAGAAAUCUACAUAUAUUCCUUAUACAUUGUUGCAUCACUCCCAUAUCUUUCCCGUCUUCUUCAGUGCAUGCGACGGAUGAUUGAGGAAAGAAGCCUUGAUCAAGGAUACAACGGAGUCAAGUACUUGUUGACAGUCAUAGCUGUUUCUUUAAGAACAGCCUAUGGUUAUGAAGUAAAAAACACGAAGAAUCCUACAUCACACCUUAAAGUGUUAGCUGGUUCUUCCUCGAUUCUUGCUGCUGUUUUCUGUACAUACUGGGACUUUGUUCAUGAUUGGGGACUUCUGAACAAAACAUCUAAAAACCGAUGGCUUCGGGAUAAACUUCUCAUCCCACAGAAAAAAGUAUACUUCAUCGCAAUGAUCUUGAACGUUGUGUUGAGAUUCGCGUGGUUGCAAACGAUACUGAACUUCGAAUUCGAGUUCUUGCACAAGCAGACAACGCUUGCGGUUGUGGCUAGUCUUGAGAUUAUGCGCCGUGGGAUGUGGAAUUUCUUCAGGGUAGAGAAUGAGCAUUUGAAUAAUGUUGGGAAGUUCCGAGCUUUCAAAUCAGUUCCAUUACCGUUCAACUACGACGAAGACGAUGAAAAGGACGACUAAAUGUUGGCAGAAGAACGUUUUAACUUUUUCUUAUACAUGUGAACAUAAAAAUGAAGUUUGUAACAAAUUGUUAGCGUCUAGUGUUUACACAAAACCAAUAGAAAUGUGAACACUUUGACUAACCAGUACAAUGCAGUGUAUACCGAUUUUCUAUGGUAAGUAGGCCUUCGUG